UCCAUCGCUCUGUCUCUCCACAUCCAUUUCCCUCCCCCGCAGUGUGAAAAUGGCGGUGUUAUGCAAUGCCAUCUCUGCGUGUUCUAUUACGCAUACUCUGAGAGUAACAUCAUCUAAAGUUGCAGUGUGUUCGAGCUCUCGAGUCUCAGUUCCUCAGCUUCAUCUUUCCGAUUCUCCCUUUGUCCCCGAGGUUAACAAGGCAGUUGAUUCUUUGUCAAAAGAGUUCAGAGAAGUUGACAAUUUAGUGGCUCGCAAUACUGCCCGAGUUUUGAGAGCUUUCCAAAGGGUCAGGGUUGGGUCUCAUCACUUUGGUGGUAGCACGGGCUAUGGUCAUGAAGAAGCUGGUGGACGUGAAGCUUUGGACGAGGCUUUUGCAGAAAUUUUUGGUGCUGAGUCUGCAAUUGUUCGAGCACAGUUCUUCUCAGGUACUCAUGCUAUCACUUGUGCAUUAUUCGCUUUCUUAAGACCAGGGGAUGAGCUGUUGGCGGUGGCUGGUGCACCUUAUGAUACUUUGGAGGAAGUUAUUGGAAAAAGGGAUUCUGGUGGAUUGGGUUCCUUAAAAGACUUUGGAGUAGAAUACCGGGAAGUCCCCGUGAGUUGCAUUUAUAUGUUCGAUAUUAGCUCCACAUGGUUUAACUUUUCCGAAUUUAAGAAUUUCCAACUUUGUUUGGACGUUUCGCAGCUUGCAGAGGAUGGCGGGCUUGACUGGGAUGCACUUAAAACAUCUUUAAGACCUCAUACGAAGUGUGCACUCAUACAGAGAUCAUGUGGCUAUUCCUGGCGUCGCAGUUUGAGUGUAACUGAGAUAGGUCAGGCCAUCAAUAUAAUCAAGAUGCAAAACCCAAGCUGCCUGGUCAUGGUAGAUAACUGCUAUGGUGAAUUUGUUGACGACAUCGAACCUCCUAUGGUGGGUGCUGACCUAAUUGCGGGCAGUUUAAUAAAAAAUCCUGGUGGGACAAUUGCACCAUGCGGUGGAUAUGUUGCAGGAAGAAAAAGAUGGGUGGAAGCAGCAGCUGCCCGUCUCUCGGCUCCAGGACUUGGAGUUGAUUGUGGCUCGACCCCUGGUGAUAUAAUGAGAACCUUCUUUCAGGGUUUAUACCUCUCACCUCAAAUGGUUGGUGAAGCAAUAAAGGGAAGCUUUCUGAUAGCUGAAGUCAUGGCAGCUAGAGGAUAUAAAGUGCAGCCACUUUCUCGGGUCAAGCGUCAUGACACAGUGCAGGCAGUACAACUUGGAAGCCGUGAGCGUCUACUUUCCUUUUGCGAGGCUGUUCAGAGAAGUUCUCCUGUCAGUUCUUUUAUCAGGCCUGUUGCAGGUGCUACUGCUGGCUAUGCAUCUGAGGUAAUUUUUGCUGAUGGAACCUUCAUCGAUGGAAGUACUAGCGAGCUCUCAUGUGAUGGGCCGCUAAGAGAGCCUUUCUCUGUUUUUUGUCAGGGUGGCACUCAUUGGACGCAGUGGGGACUAGUUUUGGGGGAGGUUUUGAAAUCUCUAUGAAACUUGGAAAGAUUGUGCAUUGGCGAAAUACCCUUAGGAAAACUUCUUUGUUUUCACCAAGUUCCUCAAAGUCUUAUCGACAUGAUGAAUUGUGGCCUAAAGAGAAUACAUCAAUUUUCUCUCAUUUAGAGGUAAUGAUAACAAUUUCCGAUUUGCACAGCGGAAAAGCCUUGGUCUGCCAAUGAUGAUAAUUACUGGUUUGGUCUUCUAUGAACUACGAAUAUGUGAAAGUCUGGAAAGAUAACUAUGAUCAUAUGUACCCCUUGACUAUGAUAUUUUCAUGGCUUCACUGAGUAUGAUUAUUCUAUUUGAAACAUUGCCUUUAAUGAUUGUCAGAUUAUGGACACAAUCACUUAUUCCUGUCUCACCCCAUCAGUCCAGAGAAUGAUAACAUGUGGUCCACAUUGUCUUAUCGUAUACAAGAUGCAAAGGAGGUGAAGUUGGUUGCUCCGCCAUGGAAAUUAGAACAAGAAAUCUGGCUUAAGCACUUGUUAGUCUCAGUAUUGAUGUUUUGGUCAAUACAAGUUGUUUCUCAGAAAAGGAAUGAAAAAAAUUGCAUGGAAUUUCAAAGGCACAGCCAUGUGUUUCAAAGAGGAAAAUGAGAGGGUAGGUUUCCCCUCUUUCGAUGUGCACCAGAAGAUAUGGUUAGAAAAUUCUGUAGAUUCCUGAAAGUAAUAAAUUAUAUUCCUCCUGACAAAACAUGCAUGAUUUACUAGGUGCUCAAAUACUUGCAAUUAUGGGUAAUCCUAAUAGGAUAAUGAGAAAUGAUUAGCAGAGCUAGGAGCACUGGUGUUGUUUAUCAUACUGUUAUAAUUUAAUUACUCUGUACCAUGUUUAUCUCAUUAUGCUUUCACGUGGCUGCUACUUUAAAGGUUU